CAAUUUUCUGAUGGGAACAUCAAAUCAUUUGGGAAUGCAUCGGACGAGGGAGUGGGGAAUGAAAGUAAAGAAGGUGGUGCCGAACUAUGACAAGAAGAGUGAUGCAGUGGUGUUCAUCUAUCGUGUUGUGCGCGACUAGGUUCCUGCCAGCAGCUGCGACGUCUACUCUCACCAUCACCCAAGAUGUGACUAGGUUCCUGCCAGCAGCUGCGACGUCUACUCUCACCAUCACCCAAGAUGUGAUUAGGUUCCUGCCAGCAGCUACGACGUCUACUCUCACCAUCACCCAAGAUGUGACUAGGUUCCUGCCAGCAGCUGCGACGUCUACUCUCACCAUCACCCAAGAUGUGAUUAGGUUCCUGCCAGCAGCUGGGACGUCUACUCUCACCAUCACCCAAGAUGUGAUUAGGUUCCUACCAGCAGCUGCAACGUCUACUCUCACCAUCACCCAAGAUGUGAUUAGGUUCCUACCAGCAGCUGGGACGUCUACUCUCACCAUCACCCAAGAUGUGAUUAGGUUCCUACCAGCAGCUGGGACGUCUACUCUCACCAUCACCCAAGAUGUGAUUAGGUUCCUACCAGCAGCUGCAACGUCUACUCUCACCAUCACCCAAGAUGUGAUUAGGUUCCUACCAGCAGCUGCGACGUCUACUCUCACCAUCACCCAGGAUGUGAUUAGGUUCCUACCAGCAGCUGGGACGUCUACUCUCACCAUCACCCAAGAUGUGAUUAGGUUCCUACCAGCAGCUGCGACGUCUACUCUCACCAUCACCCAAGAUGUGAUUAGGUUCCUACCAGCAGCUGCGACGUCUACUCUCACCAUCACCCAAGAUGUGAUUAGGUUCCUACCAGCAGCUGCAACGUCUACUCUCACCAUCACCCAAGAUGUGACUAGGUUCCUACCAGCAGCUGCGACGUCUACUCCCACCAUCACCCAAGAUGUGAUUAGGUUCCUACCAGCAGCUGGGACGUCUACUCUCACCAUCACCCAAUAUGUGAUUAGGUUCCUACCAGCAGCUGCAACGUCUACUCUCACCAUCACCCAGGAUGUGAUUAGGUUCCUACCAGCAGCUGCAACGUCUACUCUCACCAUCACCCAGGAUGUGAUUAGGUUCCUACCAGCAGCUGCAACGUCUACUCUCACCAUCACCCAGGAUGUGAUUAGGUUCCUACCAGCAGCUGCGACGUCUACUCUCACCACAAACUGUCAUAUAUUGAUCCAGAUUACGCUUGAAACGGUCCAACGCACAAACCUCUGAUAUACUAUUCGGCAGACUUCCUCAAUCAAAACUUUUUUAAAUUAAAUUAAAACCCAUUGUUUCACAUUCUGGUUUAUCUAUAUAUUUUAUACACUAUAAAUAUCCCCUUUGUAGCUCAACAACCACUUGAAUACUUCAUUGAUGUCACUCAUUGAUCUUCUUACUAACGAAAGUAAAUGGUUUCUUUAUUCUUUAUUCACGUGGGAGAUUUUUACUGCCCGGGAUCAUCUUAUUACAAGACGAUCCUUAUUUGUAUUAUUAUAAGGAUAAUUAUUUUUUUAGUUAAAAGAAAGUUGAUAUGUUGACAAAGUUGAUAAAAUCAUAAGUUGAAAGAUAAAGUAACUUUUCGUUCAACUCCUUUGAAAUUUUGUCCAUCUUAUAACGUGAUGCCCAAAAUUGAAUUGCAUAAUCCAAGUCGUGCCUAACAUGGGUGAGAUAAUCUAAGUCGUGCCUAACAUUGGAGUGAUAAUCUAGGUCGUGCCUAACAUUGGAGAGAUAAUAUAGGUCGUGCCUAACAUUGGAGUGAUAAUCUAGGUCGUGCCUAACAUUGGAGAGAUAAUAUAGGUCGUGCCUAACAUUGGAGAGAUAAUCUAAGUCGUGCCUAACAUUGGAGAGAUAAUAUAGGUCGUGCCUAACAUUGGAGAGAUAAUCUAAGUCGUGCCUAACAUUGGAGAGAUAAUCUAAGUCGUACCUAACAUUGGAGAGAUAAUCUAAGUCGUGCCUAACAUUGGAGAGAUAAUCUAAGUCGUGCCUAACAUUGGAGAGAUAAUCUAAGUCGUGUCUAGCAUGGCUGAGAUAAUCUAAGUCGUGCCUAACAUGGCUGAGAUAAUCCACGUCGUGCUUAACAUGGGUGAGACAAGUAUGAAAAAUAACAGAUGAGGAAUUAUUACUAAUACUUUCAAAUAUGACUCCCAGCAUAAUGGUGCUAUAUUUCGAGUACUUAAGCACUAUUUGAUUGGUCUAAGAUUCCCAAUAAUCAAAGCGCUUAGAUCACUGUCACAAAAUUAACUCGUGAUGUUGCCAUUAUUGAACUAAUAUAGUGCCUCUAUUUUCAUUUUCUAGGCUAAGAGCUCUGUAUUUAUUUGCUUUAAACUGCAGUUACAGACUUUUAGCAAAUACAGGAGUUUAUUCAGGUCACUUUGAAGCAAUGCACUCUCAAUGACAUUUAAGAUGUUGCCUAUUUUGUAAUCAUCUGGAAGUUUACUGAUGUCGUCAGUAACGGCAACUCUUAAGUCGUUUAUGUAGAUAAUAAAGAGAAGAGUUCACAAGAGCGAUCCCUGGGGCGUUCGAUUUAUAUUAUUUUCUAGCCCAGUCUUUUUUCCAUUUAAAUUGACCCUUUGCUUUAUAUGCAAUAAACAUGUCAUACUUUCCUUCCUUUUCUAUGGUACUAGUUUAUAAAACAGUCACUAAUGAGGUAGGGUUUACUUUAUUAUAAAUACUUUUAUUAUCAGCAAUUUUUAAUAUGCUAGAAAAGAAAGAGAGCAGCUAUGUUAACCAAGACUGACUAACAACUUCCCCACUAUGGACAUUUAACUAACUGGUCGACAAUUGGAUGCAUGUGAUCUAUAUCCAACUUCACCAGAAUUGUCACCACGUUGUCCGAGGCCAGGUCAGAGACCGGGCCGCAGGGACCUUGACCCCCUGGAAUCCCGGGGGUCAUGUUUGUAACCAUCCAUGAUUCAGGCUCUAGUGACUUAUUAAUACUUGAUUGGGCUUACUAAGAUUUUCUCUGACCUUUUCUGAAUGGUGAUAAAUACUCGAACUUGGGCUGGAGUUCAUGUUUUUCUUUUAGGUUGAUAAAUAUCCUGAGUUUUGCCUAACUUUGUCAGUUAUAUCUUUUUGGUUUAUAGAUAUCCUGAGUUAUGCCUAACUUUGUCAGUUAUAUCUUUUUGGUUUAUAGA